AUGGCAGGAUUUAUUGGAAACGUGAAGUGUUCCGUAUUCGAUGUGAAUUUUGAGAAUGCACUUAUAGCGCAACAAGGUCUUGGAUGGCCGGCUUCUAUACAUAUUGCAAAGGGAAAUGAAGCUUUAAUGAAACUUAGUAAGGCAUUGGAAAAUUACGAUUCAUGUACGGUUGUACCCCCAUCAGGAAUCAAGUUUGACGUUAGUUCUCCACCAAGUAGUAGGUAUGAUAAAUGGGGUGACUUUUGUGGGAUAAGAGUGCGAAACGUUACAUCUCAAGAUGUGGGAAGAUGGCGACUUACUUCGAUUAAGGACAGUCAGUCUCGUACAGGAUGGGUUGAAGUUUAUGUGCUAGAAGAUAAAUCUUCGUAUACCCCACCGCCGCUCUCGCUAUUAGACGGUGAAACACAGACGACUGUAGACUUAUCGUCCACCGAAAAUACAUAUUGUGUAGUAGCGAAGCCGUUUUCCGAAAGCUCCUUAGUUCCCGGCCAUUGUAGUGUCACUCUAGACAGGACUACCAGAGCAGUACAAGGAAAUUGGCAAAUAAACUUGGGCUUGCCUGGACGUGUAGCAGAACUUCAAACUAAUCUCCACGUUACUGUGGAAACGGAACGCCUUGAUGUUGGAUAUAUUCAUGACGCGACUAAUAAAUUGCAUCUAUACUGCAAUAUUUUGCACACAACUAAAAAUAUUACUUUCUGUCGUUUUCAAAGGACAUCGUCAUCUUAUGGGUUCAAUGUCAUUGAUGGAUUGAGUGAUGGUACACAUAGUUACUAUGGUGAAGGUUUUGCUCUAAAACAAUGUGGGAUGACAAUCGAGCGCCCAACAGUAGAAGAUUACGGAACAUGGCGUUGUUCGGUGGGAGUAAAUAUGUUUGUGGGCACUGAAAUACGCCAACAGCCGACGAUGCAAGCGCUGAUUAGCGUACCACAAAACACAUAUAGUCACCAAAAUCCUGAAAAUACGCAAACCACUAUAUUCGUGCAAGAAAAUUCUCAGUUUACAGUAACAUGCAACGCUAAAAUCUCUUUGUCUUAUUGUUGGUUUCAACAUCCGAAUGGAACUCAAUUUACCCCUGUUUCACUCUCCGGUACAGAACAGAUAUUUUGGUAUGCUGGCGAGAGUCUAGAUGUAGGCGAUUGUAGUAUUACUUUCAAAUACGCCAUAAACACUGAUGGUGGCGAAUGGACAUGUCACAUGGGACCUAAGAACAGUUUAGGUGUAGAAUUAACGGAUAAGGUUCAAGUUCGAGUGACGGGACCCUUAGCGGCUAAUGAAAAAGAAAUCGGAGUGAACAUCGGGUCUAAUGCGACAUUAUACUGCCAUACCGCAAAUGGAAGGCGACCAUUGAAAUAUUGUAGAUUCCUAUCACCGACUUACAUGGGCAUGAACAUGGAUUCCUCGAUACAGGAGAAUAACGCUAUACUCAAUCGAUAUUACUUUACCCCUGAGCGAGAUAUAAAUUUUGGGGAUUGUUCGUUAAAUAUUAUAUCAGUUCAAGAAGAGGAUAUUGGGGAAUGGACUUGUGGUGCUGUUGUUGAUAAUGAAAUCUUAGAAUCUAGGGACAUCAUUAAAAUUUACUUGAGCGAAACACGUCUUCCACAAUUUCGUGCUGGCAUGAUUGGUAUGUCCGUAGGUCUCAGCGUUCUUGUCGUCGUACUAAUCGGUUAUGUUUCUCACAAACGCGCAUGGUUACAAUGGAUUUGUGCAAAAAAUACUACAGAGACCAUGAGGUUACAAGAAUUAUCUUUAAAUUCACAU